AUGGAGUCGAUCGGGCCAGUCUACUCUGCUGCCACCAAGUCGGACAGGUGCUACUCUCCGCCAUGGGCGGACUUGAGCAUUAUCGGAAUUGCUGGCAGUUCCGGCUCUGGAAAGACUUCGGUAGCCAUGGAGAUUGUGAAGUCGUUGAACUUGCCCUGGGUGGUCAUUCUUGUAAUGGAUUCAUUCUACAAGACAUUGAACCCGGAGCAACAUGCCAAAGCUCAUGCAAACGAGUUUGAUUUUGACAGCCCAGACUCCAUUGAUUUCGACGUCCUGGUGCAGUGUCUUAGAGAUCUUAAACGAGGAAAGAAGGUAGACAUUCCUGUUUAUUCGUUUGUCGAGCAUCAGCGACAAGCCCAUACUACCCCCCUCUACUCUCCCCAUGUCUUGAUCCUCGAGGGCAUUCUCGCGUUACAUGAUCCCAGAAUCAUGGAGCUCCUAGAUGUCAAAAUCUUCGUAGAAGCGGACAUGGAUGUCUGUUUAGGCCGUAGAGGUGAGUAUCUCCAGUUCGAAGACGGCCAGCUUUCUGACAGAGCCUAUCCAGUCCUCCGCGACGUCAAGGAAAGGGGCCGUGAUAUCGAUGGAAUCAUCAAGCAAUGGUUCAAUUUUGUGAAGCCUUCAUACAAGAAGUUUGUUGAGCCUCAAAGAUCAGUAUCCGAUAUCAUCAUUCCUCGAGGCAUCGAAAACAAGACAGCGAUUGGAAUGGUGGUACAACAUAUUCAACGUACGCUGGAAGAAAAGUCCGAAAAGCACAGUGCAACUCUCCAAGAGCUCCGGCGCAUCGCGUCCGAGGAACAGCUGUCGCCUAAUGUCGUCAUGAUGCCGCAGACGCCUCAAUCUACUGGCAUCAAUACUAUCCUUCAGAACCCUGACACGGAGCAGGUCGACUUCGUGUUCUACUUCGAUAGGCUGGCUGCUCUGCUGAUUGAAAAGGCACUCGACUUCACAUCGUACACACCCAAGGAGGUAGAAACUCCUAAGAAUACUUUCUACAAUGGCUUGAACCAGGAAGGCAUUGUAUCAGCCGUUGCUAUCCUGCGCGGAGGCUCAUGCCUAGAGACCGCCUUGAAACGGACGAUCCCUGACUGUGUCACCGGCCGUGUGCUUAUUCGAACAAACGAGGCUAAUGAGGAGCCUCAACUGCAUUAUCUCAAGCUGCCUCCUGGCAUCGAGCAGCACUCGACUGUCAUGCUCCUGGAUUCUCAGAUGUCAAGUGGAGGAGCUGCCUUGAUGGCCGUCCGUGUGCUGAUUGACCACGGCGUGGCGGAAGAGAAGAUUAUCUUCGUAACGUGUGCGGCUGUUCAGUCAGGUGUCAAGCGGUUGGGCGCCGUAUACCCACACGUGAAGGUCAUUGUUGGACGGAUCGAAGAGGAGAGCGAACCUCGAUGGAUGGAGAACAGAUAUUUCGGAUGCUGA